UGGCGGACGGAUUGAACUAAUAUCACAAAUUGUUUAUAUUCUCUUCCUAUCACUUUUUAUUAUAAAAUUCUUUUAAUAUGAGAACGGCAUCAGCUGAACACAUUUCUUUGCUUCAAAGAAAUCCCAAGAAUAUAAGAAAUAUUUGUAUUUUAGCCCAUGUAGACCAUGGAAAAACUACGUUAGCAGAUGCUCUUGUUGCUAGUAAUGGGAUUAUUUCUUCGCGGCUGGCCGGAAAGCUAAGGUAUAUGGACAGUAGAGAAGAUGAGCAAAUCAGAGGAAUAACAAUGAAGUCCAGUGCUAUCUCCUUGCACUACACUGAAGGAAAUAAAGAAUUUCUGAUCAAUUUAAUUGACUCCCCUGGUCAUGUGGAUUUUUCUAGUGAAGUAUCCACAGCAGUUAGGCUAUGUGAUGGAGCACUAGUUGUUGUUGAUGUUGUGGAAGGAGUCUCACCUCAGACACAAGUUGUUCUGAGACAGGCCUGGCUUGAAAAUAUCCAUCCAUGUUUAGUGCUAAACAAGAUCGACAGGUUGAUAACAGAGCUGAAAUAUUCCACUUUAGAGGCCUUCUUCCACAUUCAACGUAUCCUUGAACAAGUCAAUGCUGUAACUGGAAAACUAUUCAGCUCUCAAGUGAUGGAGAAGUCUUCGACAAAAGUAGAGAACACAAAGAAUGCAAACCGUUGCAACAUUGAUGAUGACACAGCAGUGUCCAUUGAACACUGGAGCUCAGGACUGGAGGAAGAAGAUGAUUCUAGUUUGUAUUUCUCUCCUGAUCAAGGAAAUGUUGUUUUUGCAAGCGCAAUUGAUGGCUGGGGAUUUAGCAUCAACGAUUUUGUGGCCAUUUACUCCAAGAAGCUUGGUUUGAAUGCCGAGAUCCUGCGAAAGACUCUUUGGGGUGAUUUCUAUCUUGAUCCCAAAAGCAAACGAAUUUUCAAGAAAGCGCAGAGCAAAGGGAAAAAACCUCUUUUUGUGCAGUUUGUGCUGCAGAAUAUUUGGGCCAUUUAUGAGGCUGUCAUGAGAAGAGAUGAUAUCAAGACAGAGCAGAUCGUGAAAUCGCUUAACCUGAAGCUUUCAUCACGUGACAGUCGCAGCACAGACCCACGUGUAUGCCUCCGCGCUAUACUUGGUCAGUGGUUACCCUUGUCUUCAGCACUACUGUCCAUGGCGGUUAACAAACUACCCAGUCCACUGCAGUUGGUAGAAGAGAGGGUUGAGAAGCUCAUGUGUAAUGGGUUGAGGACAUUUGACUCGUUGCCACAAGAAACUAAGAAUCUUAAGAAAGAUUUCUUGGCCUGUAGCUCAGAUGAGAACGCUCCAGUCAUCGUUUUUGUCUCGAAGAUGUUCCCUGUGGAAGACCGAUUGUUGCCCAAGCACAAAAGACGGCCAUUGACGCAAGAGGAAAUCGCACUGCGAAGAGAACGAGCUCGAGAAAAACACGCCGAAAUGUUGUCAAACCAAGCCAACAAAACCACCGCUAGCGAUGAUCCAACAACCGAUAUAUCAAGCCUGGAAAUAACGCACAAAACUUCCGAGGAUAUUGAAGGAGGAUCUCUACCGAAGACGCACUUUAUGGCCUUUGCAAGAGUGUAUAGCGGGACGAUCCGAAAAGGAAAGUGUUUAUACGUGCUGGGCCCCAAACAUGACCCUAGUUCUCUUCAAGAAGAAGAUGUUCAACCCCUAAACGGUGACACCGAAGAUACGCCCCUAACAAACGAGUCAGACCUCAAGGACGAGGGCUUAUUCGCGGCCAAGUCCGUCGACAGAGGAACCAACCAACAUGUAGCGUUAUUCACAGUAGAUGAUCUAUAUCUCUUGAUGGGACGAGAACUAGAAGCUCUCGAUUCUGUGCCUGCUGGAAAUGUGCUAGGUAUUGGCGGCCUACAGAACCAUGUACUAAAGUCAGCCACCAUCGCAAGCACGGCAAUGUGCCCCUCGUUUACAGCGCUUCACAUGGAAGCAAAACCAAUCGUUCGCGUGGCUGUAGAACCCGUGCAUUAUGCAGAUAUGCCUGCUCUAGCUCGAGGAAUGAGGCUGUUGAACCAGGCUGAUCCAUGUGUGGAAACUCUCGUUCAAAGCACAGGUGAGCACGUGAUCAUAGCUGCCGGUGAGGUUCAUUUGGAGAGAUGUGUCGCUGACCUCAAAGAAAGAUUUGCAUGUGUCCCAUUCAACGUAUCUGCUCCUAUAAUACCAUUCCGGGAAACUGUUGUGUUACCACCCAAAGUAGAUAUGGUUAAARAGGCCAUAACAGCAGACCUUCCCCAACAACCAGCAAAGCAAUUCCAUUCAGAAGCAAGCUCCGAUACAUAUAAAAAUGUUCCAAUUAAAGACAAAACGUUGGUUGAAAUCAAAACAGCUAACAAACAAUGUACCAUCCAUAUUCGAGCCGUACCGCUCCCUGAGGAUGUCACUAGCUUCCUCGAAACAAAAACCGAGGUUAUCAAAGAUUUAACUUCCGGUUCCGGUAGCAGUAAUAUAGAGAAAAGAAAGAAUACAACACAGAUGACCAACAAGUACAGGGAAGAAAUAGUUGAAUUUUAUGACAAGCUGAAAGAGUUAUUUAACAAAGCUGGCAAUGAAUGGAAAGAUGCUAUUGAUAAUAUCUGGGCGUUUGGUCCGAGGCGCACUGGACCAAACAUAUUGUUGAAUAGGAUUCCUGAUUAUGAAAGGCCAUCAGUGUGGGAAGAAGCUAACAAGAUGAAUGACGGUCGUUAUAAAAAUUACGACAACAGCAUUUUAAGUGGAUUUCAGUUGGCCACUUUAGCAGGACCCUUAUGCGAAGAACCUCUUAUGGGCGUGUGUUUCGUUAUAGAGAAAAUACUUAUUGAUAAACCAGAAACGAGAAAAACAGGUAAUGAAAAUACCUGUACAGCAGGACAAACCAGUUUGGACCUUGAGGACACUAGUAGUUUUAACAAGGAAAAUAGUAUUUUAGACAAUGGAAGUUCUAAACAAGAAGAUGCUGGAAUACUCUGUAGCGAAGGAGAAAAAGAAGCUUCGAUGGAAGAUUUAAAAGAGCAGUCAAGCAUGAUACGAAACGAGGAAGAACAAGUUGACGAAAAUUCCGACAAGAGAACGCCUACCCAAGGUGAAAUAUCAGAUUCAGAAAAUUCUGAAAUGGUCAACUCAAAAGAACAUAGCAAGACCAACACCGAAGAAAACAACGAAAAGAUAAUAGGUAACUCUUUGGAUCAAGGAAGCAUUUUUAAUAGACUUGGUCCAAUGUCCGGGCAAAUUAUGUCCGCUGUAAAAGAAGGUUGCAGGCGUGCCUUCCAUCUUCAGCCUAUGCGUCUCAUGGCUGCGAUGUACACUUGUCAUAUCCAGGCUACUGCAGAAGUAUUGGGAAGGAUGUACGCAGUUAUAGGAAAGCGAGAAGGACGAGUGUUGAGUGAAGAGAUGAUGGAAGGAUCGGAUGUGUUUGACGUGGAGGCUGUGUUGCCGGUGGCUGAAAGUUUCGGCUUCUCAGAGGAGAUUCGUAAACGAACGAGUGGUUUGGCCAAUCCGCAGUUAGUGUUUAGCCACUGGGAGGUUGUUGACAUAGACCCGUACUGGGUUCCAACUACGGAAGAAGAAUACAUGCACUUUGGAGCGAAGGCUGACUCGGAGAACCAGGCCCGUAAAUACAUGAACAGUGUGAGGCGUAGAAAAGGUCUUUAUGUUGAAGAGAAAACAGUAGAGCAUGCAGAAAAACAGAGAACUCUUAAGAAGUAAUACAGAUUGAAAUAUCCUAUGAAAUAUUAUAGUGAAUAAGAUGAAAUAUGUUGUCAAAAUAAAUUUAGAAUUGUUGUUAUC